AUGGGUAUAAGACCUAUACAAGCGAUUGUAAGUAAUGAUAGAGUACCUAUUAAUGUACUAUUUGACCCUAAACAAAAUGAAUUAUCGUACCAAGAAAAUUUCGUUAACCCCAUUCUUGCAAAAUUGUUUGAUGAUAUAAUGGAGAUUAUUCGAGUAAAAACUGGAGAUAUUGAAAAUAUUUCUAAUAAGACCAACAAAAUGAAAUCCGACAAUACUUGCAAUGAGUUAGCAUCAGAUCAAUCAGAUCGAUGUCAUCAAGAUGGUAUUUUUGAAGUAAAUGUUAAUGCAACUACAUUAGAAAUAGGUUUCCUAAAAGUGGUAGGAAACGUUCUUAUUGUUAACAUUAAAAAGUUAGAUGAUGAUCUCAAUAAAGUACUGAAAGAUAUCGCUGUUUUACCAAUGAUAACACCACAUUCAACGUGGAGCUAA